AUGAAUAUUAUAUUUACCGUAUGUACUUUUUUUAUUUAUCUAAUAUUUGUGAUAGGAUAUGUAACACAAAUAAAUGGAAGAUCGAAGUGUUUUUCAGAAAUAUAUGAAAAGGCAUGCAAUGAAGAAGAAUCAAAUGUAUAUUGUAUAAAAGAUCAUAAGAAGAAAAGUUCUGUAUAUACUUUUAAACACAUUUUGAAAUUAUUAUUAGAAAAAAAGAAAUCAGACAAUGAUAAAAUAGGUUUCGUAGAAAAUAGUUGUGGUGAAAUAAACAAUUUUAUGACAUAUGGAACCUUUUAUGAAAAGGUUUGUUCAUUUAGUCAUUCUUUAGAUACUUAUGGAGGGAAAGGUAUUGAAGCCAGGAAAUAUGAUGAAGAUAAAAAUAAUGGUAUGUUUAAAUUAUUGGGUUUAUAUGGGAGUAAUUCUAUAAAUUGGCUAGUUACCGAUAUGGGAUGUAUGAUGAGUGGUGUCACUACAAUAGUAAUGCAUUCUAAAUUUAGCAUAGAUUUAAUUGUAGAUAUUUUAAAAAGAACACAGCUAGAAUGGUUAUGUAUAGAUUUAGAUUUGGUUGAAGGUUUAUUGUGUCAUAUAAAGGAAUUACCACAUUUGAAAAAACUAAUAAUAUUAGAUACUUUAGUUAAAUAUAAGAAAAAAGGUAUUAACGAGGAAGAAAGUGAUGAUGAAAAGAAAUAUGAAGGAUUAAGGAAAGACAGCAACAAUAAAAAAAACAACAAAAAUAACAAAGACAACAAAAAUAACAAAGGCAACAAAAAUAACAAAGACAACGAAAAAAACCACCACCACCACAACAACAACAACAGUAUUAAUAAUAAGAAGAAUAAGACCGAGAGAGAGGGGGAGGGGGGGAAAAAUGCACUACAUGAAUUUUCCAAUUUAGAAAAAGAUGUUAGCUCAGGGUCAUUUGAAUAUGAUAAGGAAAAAUUAGAAAAGCUUAAUGUUUUAAAAGAGAAAGCCAAGGAAUUUGGAAUAAGUAUUAUAGAAUUUGAUAAUAUGACAAAGGGUAUUAAAAAGACAAAUAUGAAGAUUCAGAAUGAAGAUCCUGAUUUCAUUACAUCUAUUGUAUAUACUUCUGGAACAUCUGGACAACCAAAAGGUGUUAUGUUAAGCAAUAAAAAUUUUCAUAGCACAGUAGCACCAUUAUGUGAUCAUAAUGUAAUAAAAAACAUGAAACCGAAAACCCAUUUUUCUUAUUUACCUGUAUCACAUGUAUUUGAGAGAGUUUUGGUUUAUAUGGCUGUUAUUCUUGGUAUAAAAAUAAAUAUAUCGAGUAAGGAUAUUAGUUGUUUUUCUAAAGAUUUAUAUAAUUCAGAUGUUGAGGUACUUGCAGGUGUACCUAAAGUGUUUACUAGAAUAUAUACAAAUAUUAUGACAGAAAUAAAUAAUUUGCCAGUUUUAAAAAAAUCGUUAGUAAAAAAUAUUUUAUCUUUACGUAAACAUUUUAAUAAUGGAUCUUUUGGUAAAUUUAUUGAGAAAUGUACUAAUAUAUCUUCUCGAAUAAAAGGUAAUGUGAAUCCAAAAAUGCAAAUGUUAUUAAAUGGUGGUGGUAAAUUAUCUUCAAAAAUUGCUGACGAAUUAUGUGUUUUGUUAAAUGUUGAUUAUAUUCAAGGAUAUGGAUUAACUGAAUCGACUGGUGCUUUGUUUGUACAAGAUGGAUUAGGAUGUAAUACUGAAAAUGUAGGUGGACCUAUUUCUUCUAGUACCAGAUAUAAAUUAAUUUCUUGGGAAAAAUAUAAGGCGAAUGAUUUAUGUCCUAAAGGAGAAUUAUUUGUUAAGAGUGAUUCUAUGUUUAGUGGUUACUUUUUAGAAAGAGAAUAUACAAAGAAUGCAUUUACUGAUGAUGGUUAUUUUAAAACAGGUGAUGUUUUUCAAAUAAAUGAAGAUGGUUCUUUAACAUUUUUAGAUAGAUCAAAGGGUUUGGUUAAAUUAUCUCAAGGAGAAUACAUAGAGACCGAUAUGUUAAAUAAUCUUUAUUCUGUGAUUCUUUUUGUAAAUUUUUGUGUUGCAUAUGGUGAUGAUUCUAUGGAUGGUCCUCUGGCCAUUAUAUCUGUUGAUAAAAGUUUAUUGUUCAAAUGUUUAAAAGAAGAUAAUAUGUUAGAAGGUACUGGAGUUAAUGAAAAGAAUUAUUCAGAAAAAUUAAUUGACGAAAUAUUAAAUCAAUCUAUUUAUGUUGAUUAUGUAAAGGGGAAGAUGAUGGAAGUAUAUAAGAAAACCAAUUUAAACAGAUAUAAUAUUAUUAAUGACAUAUAUUUGACUUCCAAAACGUGGGACAUGAAUAAUUACCUUACUCCGACAUUAAAAAUAAGAAGAUUCAAUGUAUUUAAAGAUUUUUCUUUUUAUAUAGAUCAAGUUAAAAAGAAAUAUGAAGACAAAUUAAAAGGCAGUAGUACAGAUAGUAAGAGUAGUGUAAAGAGUGGUGGCAAGAAGGAAGAAAAGGAAAAUAAAAAGAACGAUAUAGGGGAAAAUAAAGUAAAAAGUGAGGUAAAAAAUGAGGUAAAAAAUGAGGUAAAAAGUGAGGUAAAAAAUGAGGUAAAAAGUGAGGUAAAAAAUGAGGUAAAAAAUGAGGUAAAAAGUGAGGUAAAAAGUGAGGUAAAAAAUGAGGUAAAAAAUGAGGUAAAAAGUGAGGUAAAAAGUGAGGUAAAAAGUGAGGUAAAAAGUGAGGUAAAAAGUGAGGUAAAAAAUGAGGUAAAAAGUGAGGUAAAAAGUGAAGAAAAAAAUGAAAAGAAAGCAAAAGAACGAUUAACAAAAUCAAAAAUAUCAAAACCUGAACAAAGAAAUGUUUUAAAAUGUGAACAAAAUAAUGCUGUAUGUAAUUUUCCGACAAAUAAGAAAAUAGUUAAAGAAACAAACUUAAAACAAUUAAGAGUUCCAAAUGUACCCGAAUUACAAGUCAAUGCAUAA